ACAUAAAAAGUUGUAUUAUCUUUCUUUCUUUUUUUUUUUUCCUUGUGAUUUAGCCUAUUUUCCAAACAAAAUUUGAACGGUUUCAAAUUCUUUUUCACCUCAUCCUUCUUCCUUUUCGUGAAGUACCGCCGCCCGCCACCCCCCGGUACUCGCCGCCGCCGGUACUUAUCUCUCUCUCCAACCGGUCCUCACCCACGCACAGCCUGGUCUUCAGUCCACCGCUGCUCCCGCCGCCCGCCGCCGGUGCUUGGGUCAAAGCCUUGUUUGAUCUCAAAUGGCAGACCCCAGCAACUUGUCUUGCUACAACUGUGGUAGCAUUGGGCUUACAGAUGGUUUUGAUGGCUUCUUCUACUGCCUUCAGUGUGGUUCCCAGGCUGAUGACAUCAUCGACACCGGUGUUGCUGAGGAGGAUUUGGCUUUAAGAGAUGUUGGUAAAUCCGGUGGCCCAAUCUACUCACAAUCUCACACUCGCCGCCGUAAUCCAACCGUGUUGAAGGUGGAACCCCUAUCUCAGUCUCAACCACUUUUUGGUACAAGUCAGUCUGAGUUCUGGGAUAGCCUUCAUUUAAAGGAAGACCCGUCUGGCAAUGUAGGUCAAAAUGAUGAUGGCAUUGUGAUGUUAAACGAUGGUGUCGGGCCUACUGGUCCAGAGGAUUUUGGGUCUGGUGAUGUGCUAUCUGGAAAACCAAGUUUUGAGGAGUAUGCUGAUGAAGUGAGGAUGAGGUAUGUAAUGGGGUUGCAGCUGAUUAUGGAGCUUCAAUGCGAAGUUUUGGUGAAGGAAUUUAAGGCAACACCUAUAAUUUGUGGGUUGGCUGCGAGCAUUUGGUUGAGGUUUGUGACUGCUACACGGGUUUUUGAUGAGGAUUGGGCCUUUCAGACCGUCCAGGAAUCUGAAAGCCAAUGCCUAGAUACUGAACGCAUUAGACGUGUUUGCUCUAGCCAUAAAGACGAACCCCACAACUUUUAUGGUCAACGAGUAGUAGUUUUAUGGGUUAAAUCUUUAAGAAAGAAGAUACCAUUAUUUUGUACAUUAGCUGUUUCGUUUUUGGCUUGCCAUGUUGCUCGGGAAGCAAUUUUGCCAACAGACAUAAUAAAGUGGUCACUUGAGGGGAAACUUCCAUAUUAUGCUGCUUUUGUCGACAUUGAAAGUCGCAUUGGGAAAACUUCAAGGGCUUGUCCUAUAAGUUCAAAGCUUAUGCAUAGGCCCUCUCGAAUUUCGUCGCUGCAGAAAUUAGAAUCACUGGCAGCAUCGAUAGCUCAUACCAUAGGGUUAAAUCUUCCUCCAGUUAAUUUUCAUUCAAUAGCUUGUCGUUAUCUCAACAAGCUGGCCCUUCCUGUUGAUAAGAUUUUGCCUCAUGCUUGCCGCAUUUAUGAGUGGUCAAUGCCUCCUGAUUUGUGGUUGUCAACCAAUGAAUUGAGACUUCCCUCUCGUGUUUGUGUAAUGUCAAUUCUAAUUAUAGCAAUGAGAGUUCUGUAUAAUCUCCAUGGUUUUGGAGAAUGGGAAAAGAGUUUGUCUGUUAAUUGUGCUUCAUAUUUCCCACCAAAUCAGAAGACACAUUCAAGUCCUGCUAAUAAUUUUAGUAACAUGCAGGCUGAUAGUGAAAACAGACCCGGAUUUACUUCACAUGAUUUGGAUAAUCCAUCUGUUUCUCCAGAGAACCCGCAUCUCACCACUACAGAGUUUCUUCGCAAAAUUGAAGCUCGGUAUCAUGAGAUUGCUGAAACUUAUGAAUACUCUAAAGACUUGCCGUCCUAUCUUCAAUACUGUAAGGACGUUGUCUUUGCUGGUUCGGAGUCUUUGUUUAUUGAUGAUCACGAGGAACAAAAGAUGAUCGAAAAAUUAUGGAAUUAUUAUCAGAAUGAAAAGGAUCACGAUCAAACAGAAGAUGUGGAUCAAAAUGUUGCUUCCAAUCUAAAGAGAUUGAGGGAAGGUUCCAAUGAUCGAUUAUCCAGCGAAAGCAAGAAAGUCAAAGGCGAAGAAGACUGUAUUAGCGGUGAAUCAUCGAAUAACAGAACUGGGUCAAUUGACUCUCGGCAAAGUCAUUCAUCAAAAAGUUUAGAAAAUAGUGAUGAUGAUGAUGAUGAACAAUCCUCAGAAGACAAAGCGGCUUCAUCACUAACUUCCAUAAAUGAAGCGAUCAGACAACUGAAACUGGACAUGGAGGAGAAAAGGUUCUGCUACAUUCCCCCAAGGGCUAACCCAAAGAGAUUUGGUUACCUUCACUACUCAAGGAAGAUCGAUGAGGGUGCACUGACAUACGCUGCUCAUGCCGAUUACUACAUAUUGCUUCGGGCAUGUGCUAGAGCCGCACAAGUUGAUAUUAGGAUUAUGCAUAUUGGAGUGUUGAGUCUUGAGAAAAGAUUGUCUUGGUUAGAAGAUAGAAUCCAUAAAACCCUUCGUCUAACACCCUCAAGUGUUACUUGUGAGUUUUGUAGUGAUGUGCCUAAUCAUAUUGACUCCGUUGGACUCUCAGAUUUGGAUAUUUAAGUGAUUUAUUUAGUCUAUUAUUUUAUUCUA